AUCAAGUCGAUGGCUGCCGUUGUGGGUGGGGCAUCAGUGAGCUUUGUGGGCGUUGCCACAGUGUGCGGGCAGGCUGACUUCUACCAGCGCUUCUUGAUGCCGGCCGUGCAUGCUGUGCUGGACCCAGAGCAAGCACACCGGCUGGCUGUCCAGGUGGCACGGCUACGACUGCUCCGCAAACAGCGCCAGCCUGACCAGGAUGUUUUGCGCACAGAGCUGUUUGGCUUGCAUUUCCCCAAUGCUGUUGGUUUGGCAGCUGGCUUUGACAAGCAUGGCGAAGGUGUGCCUGGUGCCCAUGACUGGGGCUUUGGCUUUGUGGAGGUUGGCUCAGUGACACCACUUCCGCAGCCCGGAAACCGCCGGCCACGUGUGUUUCGGCUCACUGAAGACCUGGCCGUGGUCAACAGGUAUGGCUUCAACAGCGUGGGCCACCAGAAGGCGUGGUCUUUCCUGAAUGACAGCCGUUCUGCCUGGCAUGGCCUCGUGGGUGUCAACCUGGGUCGCAACAAGGAGAGCGCGGAUGUGCACGCCGACUAUGUGGCGGGAGUCCACCGCUUCGCUGACCUGGCUGACUAUCUGGUCGUGAACGUGUCCAGCCCAAACACUCCGGGCCUGCGAACACUGCAAAGACGGCACCAACUCAAGGAUCUGCUGCUCAAGGUGCUGGAGGCAAGGGACAGCCAAGCCAGAAGAUUGCCUGUACUGGUCAAGAUUGCCCCCGACUUGAGUGAUGAGGAGAAAGCGGACAUCGCAGCCGUUGUUUCAGAAACCAAGGUGGAUGGCUUGGUUGUGUGCAACACAACUGUCUCACGGCCUAGCAGCCUGCACAGUAAGCACCGAACCGAGCCGGGGGGCCUCAGUGGCCGGCCACUCAGGGACCUCUCCACACAGACCAUUUCAGACCUAUACCGCCUCACAAAAGGAUCCAUACCAAUAGUGGGCGUGGGAGGUGUGUUUUCUGGUGAGGAUGCGUAUGCUAAGAUCCGGGCUGGGGCAUCCGCCAUACAGUUGUACUCCGCCCUCAUCUACAACGGUCCGCCGGUGGCGCGCACUGUGAAGACACAGCUGGCUGACCUGCUCAGGAAAGAUGGAUAUGCGAGAAUUCAAGAUGCUGUUGGAGCUGACCACAGAAAAUAAGGUAAACGAAGAUAUCUGUGCCUUGGGCUCUUCACUUCUUGACAUUAAAGAAACAUGUAUUGCAGUAAAACAACUUGAUAUUUGCACCAG